UACUUUUGUAUGUGUUAUGCGUUGGGUCCCACACACUGUCCACUCUCUGUUAUAUCUAUAUAUGCAUCAAUACUACAUAUAUACACACAGUGGCAAAGGGAGUACUACUGAUGAGUAACAGUGCCCUUUGACGACAACCCCGUAGACUGCAACUUCUUGACUCUUAUUUCAUCUUCUUAUAUAACACAUUCCCCCAUUCACUAUCUUCACACACACACACACAUACACACGCACACACAUAACCAUGCACAGAUGCUCAUGUGGUCUCUUCCACAAUCAUCAACCCAACUCAUGUUCCAUUUUCUUCACCAUGCCUUACGAUCAAAACAUUUGUCCCUACGCCUCCUCUUCUCCUUCUUCCGUUGAUUGUACUCUUUCUUUAGCUACGCCUUCAUCUCGUCUAGCCUCCGAAGACUUCGACUCACCGGAAUCACGACCUUCAUCCCGUUUCUGCUGGGACUUUUUACAGUCCGAUAACCACUCACCGGCUCCGCCUUCUUAUAAACCUAACCGCGGAAGCGCAACCAACAUCGCCACCGUUGACUCGCUUCUUGCUCGGAGGUGUGCUAACUGCGAUACCACUUCUACUCCGCUUUGGAGAAACGGUCCUCGUGGUCCCAAGUCGCUGUGCAAUGCGUGUGGGAUAAGAUUCAAGAAGGAAGAGAGGAGAGCGAACGCCACAGCGACGGCGGUUGGUGGUGGAGAUGCGACGGAGGAGUAUAACGGGAACACGUGGAUGCACCACAUACAAGGGUCGACGCAUAAACUGCCGUCAUACUACUCACCGGCGGGGGUAGGGAAUGAGUUUAGGUUUAUAGAUGACGUGGACGACAGAGAUUCUACGUUCCUGUCGUGGCGUCUCAAUGUGACUGACAGAGUAGGGCUUGUGCAUGAUUUUACCCGCUAUUAAAAUCCACGUCGAGAUCCACGACAGUGACGUGGAAAAUAUUAUUUUUUUGGAUGAUUAUGUCAUUUUGCUUUUGUCAGUCAAAUAUAUAAACAUAUGAACUCCUUUUUCUUUAAUCAACUCUCAAUAUCUUUUACUUUUCUUUAUUCUUUCUGUUUCUCCCUAUUUUAAUAUUUAUCGCUGUUUUUGUGUAUACAUGUUAGUAUUAAAGAAAAG